CGAUCUUCGUCCCUUCCUACUGCGAUCGAGAGAAAAAGAAAAAAAAAGAAAAAGAAAAAAGAGAGAGAUCGAAAUUAUUAAGAGCUGCGAAAUGCUCGUCGCCUCUUCCUUCCUCCUCCUCCUCAUCCUCUCCUACGCUUCCUCUGCUGCAUCGCUCUACUCCCCCUCCUCCCCCGUGCUCCAACUCACCCCCUCCAACUUCAAAUCGAAGGUUUUGGGAUCCAAUGGGAUCGUCUUGGUGGAGUUCUUCGCGCCCUGGUGCGGCCAUUGCCAAGCCCUAGCUCCCGCGUGGGAGCGCGCCGCCACCGUCCUCAAGGGCGUCGCCACCGUCGCGGCCGUCGACGCCGACGCUCACCAAUCGCUCGCUCAGGAAUAUGGAAUUCAAGGAUUCCCUACAAUCAAAGUGUUUUCACCUGGUAAGCCUCCAGUGGAUUAUCAAGGAGCGAGGGAAGUAAAGCCAAUUGCAGAAUUUGCUCUAAAACAGGUUAAGGCACUCCUGAAGGAAAGGUUGGAGGGCAAGACUUCAGGAGGUUCAAAUGAGAAAUCUGACACAAGCGCUUCAAUUGAACUGACUUCUCGUAACUUUGAUGAGCUUGUCCUUAAAAGUAAGGACCUCUGGAUAGUGGAGUUCUUUGCACCAUGGUGUGGGCAUUGCAAAAAAUUGGCACCAGAGUGGAAAAAAGCUGCAAAUAACUUGAAGGGCAAGGUGAAACUGGGCCAUGUUGAUUGUGAUGCUGAAAAGUCCUUAAUGAGCAGGUUCAAUGUACAAGGAUUUCCUACCAUUUUGGUAUUUGGUGCUGACAAGAGCAGCCCUUUUCCCUACGAGGGAGCUCGAGCCGCAGCAGCAAUCGAGUCAUUUGCACUGGAGCAGCUGGAAACCAAUGUGGCUCCACCUGAAGUGACUGAGCUCACUGGCCCAGAUGUGAUGGAAGAGAAGUGUGCGUCAGCUGCCAUAUGUUUUGUGGCCUUCCUCCCUGACAUCCUGGACUCAAAGGCAGAGGGAAGAAACAAAUAUCUUGAGCUUCUAUUAUCUGUUGCUGAGAAAUUCAAACGGAGCCCCUACAGCUUCGUGUGGGCAGAAGCUGGCAAACAGGCUGACCUUGAGAAGCAGGUUGGAGUUGGCGGCUAUGGUUACCCAGCUUUGGUAGCUCUGAAUGUUAAGAAAGGUGCAUACGCUCCGCUAAAAAGUGCUUUCCAGCAUGAUCCAAUAAUUGAAUUUGUGAAGCAAGCCGGGCUUGGCGGCAAGGGGAAUCUACCUCUAGAGAAAACCCCCACCAUUGUUCAAACAGAACCAUGGGAUGGCAAAGAUGGCGAGAUCCUUGAAGAGGACGAAUUUUCGCUCGAGGAGCUCAUGCGAGAUGACACUGCAACGAAAGACGAGUUGUAACAAACGAUCAUUUCCGCAGGGACGAAGGUGUGAGGAAGUGUGCUCGAAUCUCUCGGGAUUAUUUGCACUGCUCAUGCAGUUUUACACUUAGCUCUCCAAAGACUCGAGUUCUUUUUAGCUAUGUUUAUCUUUAAUAUCAAUUGACAAAAGAACAUUCCCUUUUACGGGGUGCAGAAUGAAACAAAAGGUUAAAUCCAGCAUGAGUUUUAUUAUAAACUUAUAACUCUUGUAGUGAUUUUAUGUUUUUAAUGGCGACGGCGCGAGUUUUUAUU